ACAUACAUACAAACAAUAGAGCAACUCGGCGGUCUGGCAACACCGUAAUUGGCAAUUGUACUUCUCGCGAAUAAGAAUAAGAAAAACAAAUUUCGUAUAGUUACUUUAUCUUAUUUUGUCAACAAAUAAACGAUGAACUAUGACGGCCUCCUCUCCAAGUUGACCGACGAGAAACUAAUGCUCUUCGAAGCCGCCGGCGAGGGAAGCAUUGUGGAGGGCAGCCGGAUGUGCGGCCAGGAUGCGGUUCCGGAUCCCCUAUCCCUGCCGCUGUGGAGGACGGCGCCAUCGAGAGGAGCAGGCGGCCCCCAUUCAAACCAUCCUCGCACCGUAUUCGCCGUCCCGCGCGCCCCCUCCCCCUCGCCAGUGAGCACCUCAGGUGCGAAUCUGAACCUUAAGUCGGAAAACGCUGCGACAGCAACACCGCAGCGCAAAAUAUCGACGUCAUCACGUUUCAUGAACGCCUUCAGUCAGCUCUAUGGAGGAGGCAGUGGUGGCGGCAGCGGCAGCAGCGGCCCGAGCUGCGGUCACGUGGAUCAGCACAGCGAGGAAACCGGUGACCUGUCGGCCAACCGCACGCCCACCAAGGGUAUGGAGUCCAAGCUGGUGGCCAUGUGGCAUAAUGUGAAGUGGUGGAGCGGGAAGAUGCGUCAGACGAGCUUCUCAAAGGAGCAGCCAGUGUGGCUGCUGGGCAGGUGCUAUCAUCGUCGCUUCACCCCGCCUGUGAGCAUGGAAAGUUCCAUUACCGAACUGUCCAGCGGAGCAGAUACGACGCCUGACAACGCCACAUCGGCGUUCGACAGCAUUCAAGCCACCUCGACGUCUGCCUCCCUGUAUCCAGCCCUUAAUCCGCAGCAGAUCGACGAGAUUGUGGUGCCCCAGGAGCUGGGAAUGGACGCGGUCGAGAACCGUGGCGAACAGCCCUGGGAGGAAGGCAUCGAGGGCUUUCGGCGGGACUUCUAUAGCAGAAUCUGGAUGACCUAUCAGGAGUUUCCCAUCAUGAAUGGCUCCAACUACACUUCGGAUUGCGGCUGGGGCUGUAUGCUGAGGAGUGGCCAGAUGCUCCUGGCCCAAGGACUAAUCUGUCACUUCCUGGGACGCAGUUGGCGCUAUGAUUCAGAGUCUCAGUUGCACUCCACCUACGAGGAUAACAUGCAUAAGAAGAUCGUCAAGUGGUUCGGCGACAGCUCCUCGAAAAACAGUCCCUCCAUCCACGCUCUGGUGCGGCUAGGGAAUCUGGGCAAGAAGCCAGGCGACUGGUAUGGCCCCGCCUCGGUCUCCUAUUUGCUAAAACACGCCUUGGAGCAUGCAGCUCAGGAAAAUGCAGACUUUGACAAUAUCAGUGUCUAUGUGGCCAAAGAUUGCACGAUUUAUAUACAGGAUAUUGAGGAUCAGUGCAGCAUUCCCGAACCGGCGCCCAAACCCCAUGUGCCUUGGCAGCAAGCGAAGCGAUCGCAGGCGGAAACCAAAUCGGAGCACCAACAGCACUGGAAGUCCCUCAUCGUGCUCAUCCCAUUGCGCCUGGGCAGCGAUAAACUAAAUCCCGUGUAUGCCCAUUGCCUGAAGCUGCUGCUGAGUACGGAGCACUGUUUGGGCAUCAGGGGCAAGCCCAAGCACUCGCUGUACUUUGUGGGCUUUCAGGAGGACAGGCUCAUCCAUUUGGAUCCGCACUAUUGCCAGGAGAUGGUGGAUGUGAAUCAGGAGAACUUUUCCCUGCACUCGUUCCACUGCAAGUCGCCACGAAAGCUUAAGGCCAGCAAAAUGGAUCCCAGCUGUUGCAUCGGCUUUUACUGUGCCACCAAGAGUGAUUUCGACAGCUUUAUGGAGAGCGUGCAGCUGUACUUGCACCCCAUGCGCUGUGCCUCCGGGGCCACAGUGGAUAAGGCGGCUGGGGGCCACCAAGUGACGCCCCAAUCAACCCAUCAACAGACCGAGCAAGCCGAGAUGAACUAUCCACUGUUCUCAUUCUCGCGAGGCCGAUGCCUGGACCACGAGCGUGACGAGAUGAGUGAUUCGUUGUACAAGCCGCUCAUAAAACAGGUGGCUGCUUUGGCCCAGGAGCUGGGCACCCAAUUGUUGCCUCCCCAUCAUGUGGACGACAAUGACCAAGAUGAUAGUGAAAGCGAGGAAUUCGUGCUGCUGUAGAUCGUUUACGCCCCAUAACCUUGUUGCUGUGCUAGCUGUGUUAUUUGCUCAUUAUUAUUUGAUUUAGUUCCGAACCGCCGUUGCUCGCUUGCUCGCCCAGAAAAACCCAACAGACCCGUAUCUCAAACAACAAGACUUGUUAUACCUUUACGCCUACGCAUAUAGUACAUAGACGCAUGCAUGUAUCUUGAAUAUUUACUGAUGUCCACACGUUAAUCUCUCUUUUGUUCGACUUGUAGUCUCGCAUUCUGCCAAAGUGUUUCAGCUUGUUCCAUGUUCCAGCAGCCCCGAUCUGUUUAUAUGCGUUAUAUAUAAACUCGUGUAAUUUGCGGUAUUAUUAUUUUAAAAACAUGAAUCUUUAAUGGAAUUGAAUCAUUUUACAAUGGUGCCUAAAUUGUCACUAUUUUCUAAAGUAUUUCAUGUAGUCCUUACGUUCUAGGAUUUAGUUAAUUUAUGUAAGUCGUCUUGUAAUUGUUCGAUCAUUAAUUAGUUUUAACAUUAAUUGUAUAUACCCUCGAGUAAAUUAAUAAAUAAAUAAAUUAUCCUAAACUUAUACUAAAAAUAAA